AGGAGGGAGCCGGGAGCGGCAGGUGCAGCGCGGGCCGGUCCUGGCUGCAGCGCCGGGCCCCGGGGAGGCGCCAUGACCGAGCGGUGCAGCCUCUGGAGCGCCCUGUCGGCGGCCGCCUGCUGCUUCUACCGGGGAUCCUUCAUGCAAGUGCAGUUCUCCAAGGAGAAGUACAUCCUUGACUCUUCACCGGAGAAGCUUCAUAAAGAGCUGGAGGAGGAGCUGAAACUGAGCAGCACGGACCUGCGCAGCCACGUGUGGUACCAUGGGCGCAUCCCCCGAGAGGUGUCGGAGAGCCUGGUCCAGAGGAACGGGGACUUCCUGAUCCGUGACUCGCUCACCAGCCUGGGGGACUACGUGCUGACGUGCCGCUGGAGGAACGAGCCGCUGCACUUCAAGAUCAACAAGGUGAUGGUGAAGUCCAGCGACGGCCGCACCCACAUCCAGUACCUGUUCGAGCAGGAGAGCUUUGACAACGUGCCUGCCCUGGUGCGCUUCUACGUGGGGAACCGCAAAGCCGUCUCCGAGCAGAGCGGCGCCAUCGUCUACUGCCCCAUCAACCGCACCUUCCCGCUGCGCUACCUGGAGGCCAGCUACGGACUAGCCAAUGGGAAGCACAGCGGGCCCCACAGCCCCGCCAGCCAGAAAGGGGGGCACAUCAAGAGGCGGAGCAUCACCAUGACGGACGGAUUGACGGCCGACAAGAUCACCAGGGGCGAGGGGUGCCCCACCAGCGUAUCCUUACCGCAUCAUCGAGACGUCAUCCGGAACUGCGCAGUCAGCGUGGACCAAAUCCAAGAUCUCCAUUCCCCAAUGUCUCCCAUCUCCGAGAGCCCACUGUCUCCGGCCUACAGCACCGUGACUCGGCUAAAGCCCCAAGGGGGUCAAGCUGGUGGCAUUACCCCAGCCUCUCCUGUCAUAAGAAGAUCCAGCGAGCCACAGCUGUGUCCAGGAAACAACCCCCUGACAGACCUGGCUGAUAGUACCCACUCCACUCCCUGCCAUGGGUACUCCACGGCCUCUCCUUCCCCCUCUGUUAACAGCUAUAGCGACCCGGACACAGGGCAUUACUGCCAGCUCCACCCCACCUCUCCUGUCGGCCAGGAGAGGCCGACUCAUGACACCAAGCCGCUCCCCACUAAGAGCUAUGUGGAGAGGUUGAAGGUGGAGGGGGGUCAGAGGGUGACUGCAGAGAACGGCUCCAGCGAGGCAGGGCAGAGGAUGAAAAGGGAGCAGGACAUUGUGGGCUUUGUGUCACCCACUGUGGAGAUGGGCUCGUCUUUCAACCCUGUGGCGUUCCAGUCCCUGCUGAUCCCCCUGGAAAACAAGCCUCUGGAAAUGGCUGUGCUUAAGAAGGUGAAGGAGCUCCUGGCAGAGGUGGAUGCCAAGGCCCUUGCCAGACACAUCACCAAAGUGGACUGCCUGGUUGCUAGGAUACUGGGUGUUACCAAGGAGAUGCAGAGGCUCAUGGGAGUGAGCUCAGGCAUGGAGCUGCUCACCCUGCCCCACGGCCAUCAACUUCGACUCGACCUCCUAGAACGGUUCCACACCAUGUCCAUAAUGAUUGCGGUGGAUAUCCUGGGCUGCACAGGCAGCACGGAAGAGAGGGCAGCCCUGCUGCACAAGACCAUCCAGCUGGCUGCCGAGCUGAAAAGCACCCUGGGGAACAUGUUCAGUUUUGCUGCUGUGAUGAAUGCGCUGGAAAUGACCCAGAUCUCGCGGCUAGAGCACACCUGGAUGGCGCUGCGCCAGCGGCACACCGAGGGGGCCAUCCUCUAUGAGAAGAAGCUAAAGCCCUUCCUGAAGAGCCUGAAUGAAGGAAAAGAAGGCCCUCCGCUGACCAACACCACCUUCCCUCAUAUUGUGCCCCUUAUUACACUCCUGGAGCGGGAUGCCGCGCUCCUGGACAGCCCUGAGCCCUGGGAAAACACGGACAAUGGCGUGGAGGUUGUCAUGGCCCACCUGGAAGCAGCGCGGAUGGUGGCGCAUCACGGGGGACUGUACCAUACCAACGCAGAGGUGAAGCUUCAGGGAUUCCAGGGCAAGGCUGAGCUCCUUGAGAUCUUCAGCACUGAGUUCCAGAUGCGUCUCCUGUGGGGCAGCCGCGGCGCUGAGAGCAGCCAGCGGGAACGCUACGAGAAAUUCGACAAGGUCCUCACCGCAUUGUCCCACAAGCUGGAGCCCUCUGUGCGGUUCAGUGAACUGUAACCGACGUGGGACUCGGAGUUAAACUCACAGGGGGAGGGUGGCACCAAUCAGUCCUUCAAAAGGCCAAGUAACCAGGUCCCCAGUCUGCAAGCCAGCCCACUCCUCAUGCAGCCAUGGGGGCUAGGAAGCUGUGGGUACCACAGACCCAGAAGGGGAGCCAGCCAGGCGCGAGGGCGUGAGGAAGAAAGCUGGCAUUUAACAUCUGCAAAGGAAAGAACUGACCAGAAGUGAAAUCGCGGCAUUGGGAUGGGUACAGCUGUAGCUCUCUGGAGAAGAGAAACCUUCUGAAAAGUUCCAGCAUGCCAGAUUGAUGGGGGAGGGAGCCCAGAACAGCUAUUAUGAUAUAGAUCCAUCCGUGCUCCGCACAUGCAAACUACAGGAGGCUGCAUUUUAAUUUCCACCCAAAGCAGUGAUCUCCCCUCCUCAACCACCAAUACAAAUCAAUAGUGGAAUCUCACUAACGGACCCUCCCCACUAACAUCCUAUCGAAAUUCCCUGGGCAGUCCCGGUGCAAAUGUUUUGAGCGGCACAUUUGUGGAGGAAGGAGAGCGCUGAUCACUCCCAGCCAUGAUACCUCCUGCUGAUUCUCAGCUGUAGUUUAGGCCAGUGUGUGCAUCCCAGCUGAUCUACACAAAGAUGCCUGUGAAGCCAGAAAUCCACCUCCUCUGGCCCUGCAAUCACAAGGUAUCUCAUUACCGUUGUGUUCUUCAUUCAGCCUUGCUGGUUCUCAGCCACGUGGGGUCCAGUUGCUAUGAUCACCCAGUGCCGCCCCCACUCGUACAGCCUGUUGGCCUCAGAUAUUUUAUCUUUUCUCUGUCUUGUCUGAGGCCUCUUAAUUCUGCCUGUAAAUAAAUUUCACAUUUACUUCUUGAUGUACAGACUUGUGAGGGCGUUCUUGUAAAUAAUUAUGCUCGCGUCAUUUCGUCUUGUAAAUAAGUGUACAUAGAUCAUGGGGGAAGUGGGGUAUUUUUGUUGUUGUUUUUGGUUCUUACAUACAAUAAACUUUUAUGCUCUUCCUCAA